UUUUUUUUUUUUUGCAGAUUGAGGACAAUGGAUAUUGACGCUAUAAUUAGUUUACUCACUGUGAAGACUUUUGUUGUCGGGAUCACCACAUUUCUGUUGGUGAUGUCAUAUCUACAGAGGAAGAAGUACAAACUGCCACCAGGACCUCCACAGCUGCCAAUACUGGGGAGUUACUUUGCAUUCAGAAAUGAUGGCCGACUGUAUUCUGUGUUCUCAAAACUCGGAAAAUCAUUUGGUGACCUUUUCAGUGUUGAUCUAGGUUUUUGGCACACGGUCGUGGUUUUAAAAUCUGCAGAUAUUGUGCACGAGGCUUUAGUUGAGAAGAAAGAAACAUUCGCAGGAAGAGGCGUUUUGACUUGGAAGUAUGAGCUAUUCAGCGGAAGAAAGAGAGAUUUAAUUUUCAGUGACUAUGGGCCCGUGUGGAGACUACAAAAGCAGAUGGCGUUGAAGGCAUUCAGGACCUACGUAGCUAGUGAUAAAUUAGAAAUGUUCACGAGGUCUGCUUUUGAUGAAAUCGCCGCCUUGAUUGAGAAGGAGACCGAGCCUUUUGACAUGCAUGUCUACAUGCGGUUACUCAUUUUCAACAUUGUCUGCAGAAUGGCUUUUGGGAAAGUUUACAAAAUAAACGAACCGGAGUUCGUUUGGUUGAAGGGCACCUUAGACGAAAGCAUGGAAAAGGUAUAUGGAAGUAUCAUUCCUUCUGACGUCAUUCCCGUUUUGAAGCAUCUCCCCAUCCCAUCAUCCCUAUCGACGAAACGACUUUUGCAAGGACUGAUUGAUUUUCAAAAAGUCAAAUUGGAAGACCACAAAAGAACGAUAAAUUUGGGUGAGGCCAGAGACAUUACGGACCAGAUGUUGCUACUGAGAGAGGAGCUGACAGCUGAACGUGAUGAUGACGUCAAGGAGUCGCUUUCUGACCUCCGCAUCCUUCACACCAUAUUGGAUAUUUUCUUUGCUGGAACCCAGACUACAUCAGACACGUUGAUAUGGAUGAUUUUGUAUGCAGCAGAUAAUCCAAAUAUUCAGGAAAAGAUACACGAGGAAUUAGACAGCUUAGGGGACGAUUUCUGCGAUCUUCGGCAAUGCAGAUCAAAGUUGCCUUACUGCGAGGCAGUUCAGAGAGAGGUUUUGCGCAUGCGUCCUGCUGGCCCAGUAUCUAUACCUCAUAGAGCACUUUGUGACACGAAAUUAGGUGGCUACGAUAUCCCGAAAAAUACUCUUAUCUUUGCAAACAUAUGGGCAAUCCACCAUGACCCGAAAAACUGGGAAUCGCCGGAAGUUUUCAUGCCAGAGAGAUUUCUAGAGAAAGAUGGCAGCUUGAAAGAGUUGGACAAAAAGACAUGGCUGCCAUUUAGCAGUGGCAAGAGGAAAUGCGUGGGAGAAGCAAUUGCCAGGACAAAUAUUAUGACAAUUUUGAUAUUGUUCUUUCGUCAGUUUGAAGUGAGCUUUCCGCCGGGACAAAAACCCGACUUCGAGCCUGCGAUGUUAGAACUGGCAUGCAUGCCUAAACCUCAGAAGAUAAUCGUAAAAAAAAGACAAUAAUAUUUCAGCCAGAACGAGUUCUACACUUUCCCGUUACACGAGUGCACUAAGUACAUAUUUGGAGCCAUUCAUUGUAAUUUGGAAGUUUUUUUUUCCACGGAUGAAGGUUUUAACUGGUUACGUAACAGCCAAAGAGAAAGUGAUGUUUGCGUCUCACAGUGGCUACAAGAGCUUAUUUUGGCAAGGCACGCACUACAUGCUGGCUUGAGAAAAUCAUCGUUUCACCUUGGUAACGAGUUAAUUUCUUAUUGAUGCGUCGUCUUCUUCCCUAGUAUAGGCGAAAUGGGGGUUGGGGGUCGUGUUUACGAACGAUGUUUCCGAUCAUUUAAUUCGUUAGCAAUGCAUUGUCUCAGCAUUAUUCCGAUUUGGAAUUAAGACGAUGUGGAAAUGUAUUCAGAAACCACAUGGGGCAUAUGUAAGAAUAAUUAACAUUGAACAAGUUUCAAAAUUUAUUCACAGUGGACGGAACAUUCCAUCUCGGGAUACCUACUUAUCCUGACAAACGUCUAAUAGUUAUCACCUACACAUAAUGUUAUUUUAAAAUGUGAUUACUACACCAGUCUUAUUUUCAAAUUUGAAACCAGUUUGACGAUUAAAAUAACAAGACAUAUAUUUCACUCCUGUGCAAUUUAGGUCAUACGUAGGUCAUACGUAGGCCGAUUUAAGACCGGUGUGACAGGAAUGUAAGUCCGCUAGGAACCGUAGUCCGUUUUCCAUUUCUCUGUACUGGUGACA